AUGUCUGGGCUUCAGCAGCCUGAGCUUCACCCUCUGGGCGUCUCGAAUCACCAAGAUUCGGGGCUCCUUGACAGCGCAGACGGGAUAAAAGACGCCGUAGAGCAUGCCAAGAAUGGGGAAGACGACACCAUAUCGACCGUCUCAUCAGAAUUGUCAGAUACAGACACGUUGGAGCUUCUCUCGCUGGCUUCGCGCCCAGCAACACCCGCUACCGAGAGGCUAAAGCUACCGAGGGAGCUUGGUUUGAGCGCGCCUGGGUGGUUCUCUGACUUUACAGAUUAUGAUGUCAUCACGAUCCAUGGACUUCGCGAUAAUCACAAGACCGUGUGGAAGUCGAGCAGUGGACAGGCAUGGCUUCAGGACUCGCUCUUCCAAGACCUCUCCGUCCGGCAGCUCGAUUACAUGUAUGCCAUUGAUGACUCCGCACGGAUUUUUCAACCGGAUGGGUUUCAAGUUGAAGCUCGAAACCUGCUGCGUCUGUACGCCGAGAAAAGGCGCAACCUUCCGGAAACAGAGAUCAACAGGCCGAUUAUGUGGGUGUGUCAUGACAUUGGAGGCAGCAUCUUCAAGCAGGUUCUGAUCCAAGCUUGCCGAGCCAUUGUCCGUCAAGACUUUGACGAUGUCGAAACAUGGGAAUACAUAAGGGAAGCCCGGGACCGGAUUGUUAAAUUUUCCACCGUGAUGAUAUCUCUUGGCUGCCCUCACAAGACCGAGUCCAUUGAUCGUCUAGAAGACGAAAUCCAUAACUUGAUGAGCUUGCCCGGUCCGGAACUCAGAACCGGGCUAGUAACAAAGGUCAAGAAUAUUGCCCGUCAAGUGGACGAUAUCAACAUUCGGUUCCUGGGUGCCAACUUCUUCUCACGGUUGUUGCGCAUCAACGUCUUUCACCUCCGCUCCAUUCUCCCCUCUGCGAAUAAGCCGACGAAUGUAGAAGUUUCGGAGCUAGUCAAGAACGAUUCGGAAGUCGCAGAUGCCGGUACCAUCGUGAAGGGCGACAAGGGGGAAGAAGGUGGCCAGAAUGAAUUUCCUUGUGAAACUGCUGACGGCCAUGGAAAUGCAGAUACUCGACAAGCAAACCCUACUACACCUUCAAGCGUGAAUACGCAAAAUGAGGGGAUUAUUGACGCGGAGCCUGAGCAAAACGACACAACUGAUUCCGCGGCUGUAGUGGCGAAGAACAAAAAGGAAGCACUCAACAGUGGAGAGGGUUCUCGGAAGGCUCUGGUCGACCAUGCCUUUGCACGCGCAUCGCCAUUCAGCCGAUACACAAGCUGCCUGUUUGACAUGUUUGAGAGAUACAAUAGGCAACGUGAGGAUAAUAUCGAUCAUGCCUCACUCGUCAAGGGCAGCGAAGACCUCGCCGACAGUGAUUUCGACUGGGUGUCGUAUUUUGGCACGAAGAUUCGCGAAGGCUACUAUGUCGUGAAGGUCAAUCAUGACCUCAACAAUUGUCAACUCGCCUUACUGUCCAUGAUACCGCCUGUGAAGCCAGUCAAUCUCCACACCGAUCCCGAGCUGACCCAGACACUGCCGUUUCUGGACUGGAUUUUCGCCCAUGAACGGUUCAAACGGUUCGAUGAGAGCAUCGGACCUUACACCCUGUGCAUCCAAGGGACCGAUGAAGAUGCGUCACGGAUGGCAAUGAUUUCCCAACAUGUGUAUACCAGGUACGAGUCAGAACAGAUCGAGAGACAUGAUCAAGAAGGCGCCGCUUUUUACUUCCAAUUCGACAAGUUCGACAGCAGAUACAAUGGCAUCAAGCCCAUGCUUGCCACCUUCCUCUCGAAGCUGAGCUGGCACUUGUGGUCGAAGCCCGGGGAGGAGGGAGCGACUCAUCGCUUAUUUGAGAGCCUAGAAUAUUACCGCAACUGCUGUGUGGAAGAAGAGCGGAAUUGCCGCACCUAUCUCAACUAUCGGCUCGUCAUCAUCACAAGCAAGCAGAACCUGUUCCCGAAGAAUUCCAUUCCCGAAACGCAGAUGAUCUCUUUGGACGAGUGUCCGGCCCCGCUGGUCGGGUACGCCAUCGACGAGAAGGUAUUCGAUGCUAACGGACUUUGGCCAUACCUAGAGCACGUGCUGAGGAAACGUCCGGUGUUGAGUGCCCUUGCCGAAAGUCUGAAGAAUGCCAUCGAGCAAUGCCAAGCAGCGCCUUACCUUGGCUACAGGAUUCUGGAAUGGCUUCAUCAUUUUGGACGAGGGCUGCCCGUUGCCGAAAUCGCCGCAACUGUCGAACGCCUGCUACCCGCCACCCCCGGGAUCAUUCUGUCGAUGUUCAUCAACGCUUUGCCUCCGGAUAAGCGAGUACUGGCACUAAUGGUCUAUCGAUGGGUGAAAUAUGCCCUAGAGCCAUUGACCGUCGAGGCACUUGGCCAUGCUCUGUUUGCAUCAACAGGGUCAAAUACGACAUUGCUAGACAUUGACUACAAGCAGCUGCUUCGGGAAAUCACUGUGAUGUCUGGAGGUAUUAUUGUCGUGAGAGAUUGCUUCCUCACGUUUUCAAACGACUCGUUUUACGACACAAGCGUCUCCGACGGCGAUGAUGACGAGAAGCCAGCGUUGAUCCAUGGCAUCCUGGCCGAAGCUUGCUUGAAAUACCUGAUGCACCAGGAAGUGCUGCAGCUGUACGAUAGGCUGUCAGUUGAAAACUAUGGUGGAGAUGUUUUAAAGAAGCCUCUUGCAUCAACUCGAGACUCCAUGUUGGAAUAUGCCCUGGCCCUCGACUUCUUUCAUCGCACAGAGACGAGAAAUAGAUGGGCUGAGGCGCACUAUCUUCUUUCGAACCCUUUUACACGCAUUCAUAGAGGUUAUGUGUCCUCUCUGCCAUCGAUGGCUGCAUUAGGACUCGAAGACCUCGUAUCUCGGCAAGUCGAACAAGACCAAAACUUUGAUUGGUUUCAUCGAGACGCUUGGCUAGCCAUCACGGAAGCCUCGAGAAACGGUCACGAAAGUGUGGUUCGCAAGUUGCUGGAACAUGUUCAGGUUGAAGAGCCGGGUCUGCAAGACGCAAUCACCUGGGCUAAUUCCUCUGGCGAUGAGGGGACGUUGACUCGGCUACUGGAUAGCGUUUGUCUUCUUGACAGCUUUUCGUGGCCCAAAGAAAUUCUAUCUCGAGCAGCGGCGUGUGGCUCGAAACCUCUAAUUUCUGCCAUUACUACAGCCGGUGUUAAUCUAAAUGAGCGAAAGUACGACACCGGGGAGAUGGCCAUUCACACGGCCAUUGUUUGGGGCCGUCAAGGAGUGGUCAAGCUCCUGUUGGAUGCCGAGGUUGACCUAAAGGUUCGAGACAAUUUUGGGAGAACUCCCCUUCUCUUGUCUGCGGAUAUUGGUCAUCCAGAGAUCGUUCAGAUGCUCAUCAAAUCAGGAGCCAACGCCGACGACAAGGACACAAGCGGUUUGUCUGCUAUCAACACCACCAUCUAUGCGGGUGAGCACGCAGCACUCGCACAACUUCUCGGAGCCGGGGCAGAUCCCGGCCCUAGGGAGCCUGCCGAAAGCCUUUCCGAGUCACCAGCCCCUUUGUCUUACGCCGCUGAGAACUGCAGGCUGCAAUGCGUUCGAAUUCUUCUUGAAAAGGGGGCAAACGCUUGUAUCGAACCCGAGCGAGGAAGCCCUUUGUAUCUUCUGUACGACAGGCCUCAUGUCACCGAAACCUGCCGUCUUCUCAUCGAGAGAGGCGCAAACCCCAACCAAGUCUACAGUGACAAAGAGAUGCUCUUAUUUCGGGCCUUGAGAACGGAAGAUAAGAAACUGGUCGGUCUCCUUAUUGACAAAGGUGCCGACGUGGACCUGUUGGACGCAGACGAGAACACAAACCGCAAGACACCCUUGGGGUAUGCUAUUAUGGCAUGUUCGCUCGAGAUGAUGGAGUUCCUUCUACAAAAAGGAGCUUCCGUGAACGAUGUCCCCGAAGGAGCCGAGUCGUCGCUUUUCACCGCAAGCUAUUGGAACACCGACAUCAAAAAAGCCGAGUUGCUCCUAAAACAUAAAGCCGACGUUCACUGGACAAAAAGCGACGGCUGGACCGCCCUUCAUGCUUGUUACGACAUGCCGAUGUUCGUGCCUCUCCUUCUGAAGCAGGGAGCGGAUGUGAAUAAGAUGGCCCAUUGUGGGACUCUGUUGAUGAUGGCGGCAAGGUGGAAAUUUCUCGAUACUCUCAAGAUCCUCCUCCAGCAUCGCCCGCCCCCGAAACUCGACUUGAAGUUUGAUUACGAUCCAAUGGACUUGGAAUACGGCAUGACAGCACUGACGAUUGCGACAUCCAAUCCUGAUGACUCUAAGGCAGCUCAGAAAAUGAUGCGAGAUUUCCUAGAUCGUGGAGCCAAGGUUGAUCAUGAGGACGAGGACAAGAACACUGCGCUCCACGGACUAACUUCAUCGACCCCGGUCAAGAUCUUAAAGAUUCUGGCCGACCUAGGCGCUCCGGUAGACUCUCCAAACCAAGGCGGGCUCACGCCGCUGGGAGUUGCUGUGAAGAAUAGCAACAUGCCCGCUGCAGCAUAUCUCAUCUCCAAGGGAGCCCGGGCGGAUGUCCAGGACUCCAGCUUUGGCAAUUUGCUUCAUUUAGUCUGUCAACAGAACUACCCGGAAGAUGAAACCGCCUUUAAGCUGUUUAAACUUCUCGUUGGUGCCGGAGCCAACUUGAACAGUGCUGGUCGAGACCCAGCUCGCGAAUCGUUGCUGCAUGCCGUCGUGUACGCGCCUCUCGAAAGAAGCGCACGAACCAAGAUAGUCCACUAUCUCGUCAGCCACGUCAGUCCAGCCGUCGAUGUCAACGCGCCCGGUGGAGAUUGGGCAUAUGCAAUCAUUGCUGCUGCCCGCAAGGGGUACGACAAUAUACUUCAAUAUCUUGUCCGCCACGGCGCCAAUAUCAGCGUCCCUGACGAUCUGGGCCGUCGUCCUCUUCACUUCCUAAUCGGUCUCGGGCGUUGGAAUUCCAACACGAGGCCAGUGCGAGUUCUUCUCAAGGCCGAUGUUGACAUUCAAGCAGCGGACAAGUUUGGACGAACUGCUCUCAAUUGGGCAGCUGGAUCCAGAGACCUGGAACUUUUUGAGUUGAUACUGAGAAAGCUUCCCAAAGGAUACAAUGUCAACGUUCGAGACGGUGAUGGAUGGACACCGCUCAUGUGGGCCUGUAGAACUUCCCAGGGCGCCCCGAUCUCUAUCAUUGACAAGCUAGUCAAUACAUUGGGCGCGGACAUCUUCCUCCAAAGAAGUGAUGGCGAUUGGUCGGCGAUGAAGCUUGCGUGUCUCAGCAACCUGGAGGAGGACAUCAAGAAGCUGUUGCAGCCCAUCGGAUAUGAGAGCCAGCAAGACGGCAAAGAUGACUCCAAAGAGAUCCGGAACCUUGCUUUUCACAAUAUACCACCGGCACCACCUCAUUCCGGUCGUCCAUACUGUGAUAGUUGCUUUGCAGGAAUUGUAGGAACGCGUUACAAGUGCACCGUUUGCGACGACUAUGACCUGUGUUUCAAGUGCUUUCCAAGUUGUAAUACAAUGCACGAUGCAAACCAUGAGCUGAAGAAGUACUACGAAUAUUUGUUUGUGGAUGAAGAAGACAGUGAUUCUCCGGCAGAAGAUGAUGGCGCGGCGGGUGCAUCGGAAUCGAGUGAGGGAGAGAAGCCGAGUACGGACACGGACGAUGAGGUUGAAUACGAUUCGGAGGUCGAUGACUGA